CCCGGGAAAACCGGCCGCCAGCGUUGGGGUUUCUUCGCUCUUGGUGUGGUUGCAGGUGCUUCCUUAUAAGGUAACAAGAUGGAAUUUUCAAAGAGGAGGAAACUGAAGUUGGCAGGCGAUCAGAGGAAUACUUGCUACCCUCACAGCCUUCAGUUUUACCUGCAGCCACCUACUGAAAACAUAUCUUUGAUAGAGUUUGAAAACUUGGCUAUCGAUAGAGUUAAAUUGCUAAAAGCAGUUGAAAAUCUUGGUGUGAGCUAUGUGAAAGGACAUGAGCAAUACCAGAGCAAGAUGGAAGCUGAGAUUCGAAAGGUCAAGUUUUCUUACAGAGAAAGCUUAGAAGAUGAAUAUGAAGCACGAAGAAAAGAUCAUAUUUCUCACUUUAUUUUGCGCCUUGCUUAUUGCCAGUCUGAAGAUCUUAGACGCUGGUUUAUUCAACAAGAAAUGGAUCUCCUUCGAUUUCGAUUCAGUAUUUUACCCAAGGAUAAAAUUCAAGAUUUUUUAAAGGAUAGUCAUUUGCAUUUUGAGGCUAUAAGUAAGGACGAGAAGACUUUUCCAGAAAAGGAUAUUAUUGCUUCAUCAUUCAGUUUAAAUGAGACUAUCUCAGAUUUGGAGUCAGUUUAUAAGAUCCCUUUUGCUGACGCUCUGGAUUUGUUCCGAGGAAGGAAAGUCUAUUUGCAAGAUGGCUUUGCUUAUGUACCACCUAAGGACAUUGUGGCAAUCAUUCUGAAUGAAUUUAGAACCAAGCUGUCCAAGGCUUUGGCAUUAACAGCCCGGUCCUUGCCUGCUGUGCAGUCCGAUGAGAGACUACAGCCUCUGCUUAACCACCUCAGUCAUUCCUACACUGGUCAAGAUUACAGUACACUGGGCAGUGCUGGGAAGAUUUCUUUGGAUCAGAUUGACUCGCUUUGUACCAAAUCCUUCCCACCGUGCAUGCGUCAGUUACACAAAGCUUUGCGGGACAGUCACCAUCUCCGUCACGGGGGCCGGAUGCAGUAUGGCCUCUUCCUGAAGGGCAUUGGUUUAACGCUGGAGCAGGCACUGCAGUUCUGGAAGCAAGAAUUUAUCAGAGGAAAGAUGGAUCCAGACAAGUUUGAUAAAGGCUACUCUUACAAUAUCCGUCACAGCUUCGGAAAGGAAGGCAAGAGGACAGACUAUACACCUUUCAGUUGCCUGAAGAUUAUUCUAAACAAUCCGCCAGGCCAAGGGGAUUAUCAUGGGUGCCCAUUCCGUCACAGUGAUCCUGAGCUGCUGAAGCAGAAGUUGCAGUCGUACAAGAUCUCUCCCGCAGGGAUAAGCCAGAUUUUGGAUUUAGUGAAAGGGACACAUUACCAGGUAGCCUGUCAGAAGUACUUUGAGAUAACACAUAAUGUGGAUGAUUGUGGCUUUUCAUUGAAUCAUCCUAAUCAAUUCUUUGUCGAGAGCCAAAGGAUUCUAAAUGGUGGUAAAGACAUGAAGAAGGAACCCAUCCAACCAGAGACUCCUCAGCCAAAACCAAGUGUCCAGAAAACCAAGGAUGCCUCCUCUGCUCUGGCCUCUCUCAAUUCCUCUCUGGAAAUGGAUAUGGAGGGACUGGAAGAUUACUUCAGUGAUUGAUUCUUAGGCAGUUCGUGACCCUUUUUCCUCACUAGCUUUCAUAUCCUACAUUUCUUUUUUAACCUUUUUGUUUAACUUUUCCCUCCACCCACCCUACUCCAAUCCAUCUAUGUCUGAAGCAGGUUUGCAGGUAAAAAUAAAGACCCCCACCAUAUUUUGCUUUAACAACAGGGAAGAGAAAGAAUUCUUCUUAAAAUCUAACACUUUAAUGGUGUGAUGUAAGUCCUAUUUUAGGAGAUAAAACGUAUUUGUAGACUGGUUACAGUCCCUUAGAAACAAUACAACCAAAAACAACUUAUUUUAACCCUUAUUGUAAUUUUGAGCUAACUCUUUGAUUUUUGUUAAUAAAUAUCAAUGUGUA